AUGAAUUCGAUCAAAAAAUUGGUCAUAUCUUUGGAACCUUUCUACCCUGGUGCAUCGCUCAGCUCCACCCCUGACCUAGAUCCAUUGAAGACGGUUGCGGAGGAAGAUGAAGACAAGAUUGAUCAACCUGACGAAUUGGUGGUCGAAGACACAAAACUUGUACGGAAACGCACUUGGUGGUCCGUCAUUUCAGCUGUCUACUUCACAAUCUUCAUACGACCGGUGCUACUAGUCUGGCUUUUGAUAACUUUCCCAUUCACAUACUUCUUCGAGCAUGAUUAUCCAGCCAUGGAGACAGAGGACGAAAAUGAAGCCGAUCUGCGUCGCGAGAUGCUGAGGUCUGAUAUUGAUGAGAAGACCGAGCUUCUCAAACGGGAAAAGAUCAUGGCUAAUCACAUAAAGUCCCCUACCGCAUCCAAGUACAUUAUUCCGCCCCCACCACGUCUUUUCCCCAGAUCCCGUAAUCCAGAAAAGAAACGCAAACGGAAAACGCUUAUUUUGGAUCUAGACGAGACACUUAUCCAUUCGUUAUCACGAGGUGCCCCAAGAUCGUUGGGUUCCAGCAACUCAUGUCACAUGAUCGAGUUGAAGGUCAAUAACGUGGCCACGCUUUACUACGUCUACAAGCGACCAUUUUGUGACUUUUUUUUGAAAGAGAUAUCACGGUGGUUCGAACUUCAAAUCUUUACAGCGAGUGUGAAGGAGUACGCUGAUCCCAUCAUUGAUUGGUUGGAGAGCGAAAUCGUAGAUCACAAGCUGGCUGGCAAAUCAGGUGCCAAAUCCAUCUUCACCAAACGCUACUAUCGUGGCGAUUGCACAUACAGACAGGGGGUGGGCUACAUCAAGGAUUUGUCUCAGUUUGUUGCUAAGGAGGAGGAUCUCAAGAACGUGGUCAUCUUGGACAAUUCUCCUGUCAGCUAUGCCUUGCAGGAACACAACGGAGUGAUGAUAGAGGGAUGGAUUAACGACCAAAACGAUCGUGAUUUGUUGAAUCUAUUACCGAUGUUGUAUAGUUUGAGUUUGUGCAUUGAUGUGCGUUUCAUUAUUGGUCUACGAAAUGGCGAGAAGCUCUUUGAGCAAAAGUAA